CGCUCGGCUCGCCAUGGCCGCUGCGGUGCGAAUCUGAGCGGCGUCCACCCCGCGGUCCCGGGCCGCCCGGGCCAUGCGGCCUCUGCCACUGUGGCUGCUGUCGCUGCUGCUCUGUGGGCUCGGCGCCGCGGCGUCCUCGCCAGACUCCUCUUCCCAGCUCUCGGCCCCUCAGAACCCAAAGCUUCACCUGUACAAUGACGAGCAGACUCUAACUUGGGAGCCGUCACCUUCCAGCGAUGACACGAGGCCAGUGGUCUACCAGGUGGAAUAUAGCUACAUCGAUGGCUCUUGGUAUAGGUUGCUGAGGCCGAACUGUACGGACAUCACAGAGACGAAGUGUGACCUCACAGGAGGCGGCCGUUUGAAGAUUUUCCCACACUCAUUCAAAGUCUUCCUGCGGGUGCGAGCCAAGCGAGAAAACCUCACUUCCGAGUGGGUGAGGCUGGAGCCGUUUCAACACUAUGAGAAUGUUACUGUUGGACCUCCGAAAAACAUCUCGGUGACCCCAGGAAAAGGCUCCCUCAUCAUACACUUCUCCCCUCCUUUUGAUGUGUUCCAUGGGGCAACUUUUCAGUAUCUUGUCCACUACUGGGAAAAGUCAGGAACCCGACAGGUUGAAGGCCCUUUCAAGAGCAAUUCCAUUGUGCUGGGUAAUCUGAAGCCAUUCAGAGUGUAUUGUUUACAAACUGAGGCGCAACUGAUUUUGAAAAACAAAAAUAUCCAACCACACGGGCUCUUGAGCAAUGUAUCCUGUCAUGAAACAACAGCAGAUGCCUCCACCAGGCUGCAGCAAGUCACCCUGAUUCCUUUGGGCAUCUUCACAUUGCUGCUGGUGCUGACGGGAGCCUGCUUCAUCCUGUUCCUCAAAUACCAAAGCCGGGUGAAGUACUGGUUUCAAGCUCCACCAAACAUCCCAGAACAAAUCAAAGAGUAUCUAAAGGACCCAGAUCAAUUCAUCUUGGAGGCCUUGGACAAGGACAGUUCACCGAAGGAGGAUUCCUGGGACUCCGUGUCAAUCAUUUCUUCUCCAGAAAAGGAGCGAGAUGAUGUGCUCCAUACACCGUGAACCAGGCCAGGGUCUCGGGCAGUGAUCAGGGCACCUGUGAGAGCCCCCCCCAGGGCCCCAGGGACACCUGCCUCCGGGAGGCCCCCUGGGGCCAGGGAAGAUGGUGUAGUGUUUGUUCUUUAUGAGUUUUCUGGAUGCUACAAGUAUUUAAAAGGAUUCCACAGAAAGAUAUCUCAGAAAAAAACAAAAACAAACAAAAAAACAAACAAACAGAAAAACCAAGCGUUUCUCUUAAACACUAAAAACGACAACUGCUCAUUACUGGCAACGUGGCUGCAAACCCGUGACGCUCUCCUCAGUGUUAGCUGCCCCGACAGUCAGAGACUGGGUCCUUGCCUUCACUCUGGAAAAUGAGCUGUCCAAGCCAUCCCUGCCGGUCACAAAGAGGGGCCCUCAGUGUCCCCUUCAUGUCCAGUGUGAUGGCUUAAAUGUGACACCCCUGGGCUCGGUGCUUGCCUAGCAUGUACACACCCCACCCACCCCAGCACCUCACGAACAGAGGUGAUUAAUCUUGUAAAUAAUGUCCUGAUAAUUUAAGUCUUUUUUUUUUUUAAAUCUAGAAAUAAAAGAUUGUAUAUUA